AUGAAGACCUCAACACUUGCAUUGCUUGCUGGUUGGCUUCAACUAUUGCCUGUUUGCCAGGGCUCUGAGUUCUCAUUUGGAAAAACAGACUUUCACAACUUUCGAUACAAAUACACUUGUACUCAACUCGCUGGAGAAACAACACUCUCUCCGGUUCUCCGCAACCAAUACUUUGCUAUCUGUCUGAUUCAAAGGAAUUCCGUUGCUCAUCUACUGCUGGACAAUCCAAUGCAGAAUGUAUUGUCCGAUAAGGCUAUACAAAAUAGCUACCAAGAUCAGCUCAGCAUCGUCAACGUUGCCCAUGACGAGCACGAUCUUCCUUAUUUGCCGAGCAAAAAUGAUGGCAAAACGGAAGUUCGAGUCCGCGAUGUCCUGCUAAUGGCAGCAGAGAUGUGUUCUGGUAACAAGAAUACACGCUUCAUCUCCAAUAUCCGCGACUGUGGGCAUCAUACCAAAACAUCAAACUUUCAGGGUUGCGUAUGUGCCAAGAACCUAAGCCCAGCCUUCGUGGUGGCCUUUCAAAACUGUGUUCUCGGCUAUCUUCCUCAUCGCGCAGACCGCUAUACGCCGGCUUUUGUCAAUGAAACCAGCCUUGAUAAUAUGCCACCUUACAGCUGCAGAGCUAAGAUACCCGCCAGAUUCAAGUCGUCGCACAGCAAACGACAUGAUAAAGGUUGCUACUUUAUUUACGAGGAUGGAUACUUUCGUGGCACCACGGGUUGCCAGUUUGACGGAGCGGACUAUCUUUCAGGCGAUUAUAGCCAAUAUCCCGUCUACGAUGAUGGCACUGUCCGAUCGGUACUCCCUUCCUCUGUCGAUAUGACUGUCGAGACAGCAACUGCCAUACCGACCGGUAUACCGUCGGCUCUCCGUACAUAUGCACCUACCGAUGCUACGGUAGCGAGCACCGCUACCAAAUUCUCCACUUACUCUUCUGGCUCGGGGUCCAGGGUUGUUGGUACCAUCUUUUUGAGUCUUCUAGUAGGGAUGUACUUGUGUUGA